UACCCCCAACAAAUUCAACAAAGCAAGCGCAUGACUCCCCGAUCUCACUCUCGCAACUCACACCAGCACACCCCCACCACGACCACCAUGCCCAGCAACAUGCUGGAGCGGGUCCUCUCGUUGCGCCGCGCCGGGCCGCAGCACGGGGAAGAAGGCUCCGGUGAUAACGACGACGGAACGGCCGACGAGUCGAAGACCAAGAAGCAGCAGCAACUCCCGCUGACAACCCGAGCGGCCCACUACUUGACUAGAAUGGGUCCAAUGGGGCCCUGCCUGGCGUUCCUCUGCCUCACCUUCCUCGCAAUCCUCUCCUUGCUAAUCUUCCACUCUCGCCCCUUCGUUUGCGUCUCCUCCUACUACAACCCAGUUUCCCGCUCCGGAUUCUUCGGGCUCGACGGCCUCGAAUCAGACUUCGGAUCCCUCGGCGUGCCCUGGUGCAGAUCGAAACAUGGAAAAACAGUCGAAUGGACGUCUAAGGAUUUGCUUAAAGGCUUGGAAGAGUUUGUACCUAUAUAUGAAGCACGGCCAAUUAAAAACAAUAUGCAUGGAAUGGGUUUUGAUCACAGCUUUGGGCUUUGGUUCAUUGUUCGAUGGCUGAAGCCAGAUUUGAUGAUUGAGAGUGGUGCUUUCAAGGGGCAUUCCACCUGGGUUUUGCGGCAAGCGAUGCCAAACACGUCCAUUGUGUCACUUUCGCCCCGGCAUCCCGAGAAGUAUCUUAAGAAAGGCCCUGCUUAUGUUGAUGGAAACUGCACAUACUUUGCUGGAAAGGACUUUGUGGAUUUUGGAAGUGUUGACUGGGGAAGUGAGAUGAAGAAACAUGGGAUUACUGAUCUCAGUCGAGUUCUUAUUUUUUUUGAUGACCAUCAGGAUGAAUUGAAAAGAAUAAAGCAGGCUCUGAAAGCUGGCUUCCGACAUCUUGUUUUUGAGGAUAACUAUGACACUGGAACCGGAGAUCAUUAUUCCUUAAGGCAGAUUUGUGACCAAAUUUAUAUAAGAGGAGGUGGCCAUAGCUGUUUUAAGGACAGUGAUGAAGCUCGGAUUAGAUCGAAAAGGAAGAAAUUCUGGGAGAAAGCAGUGGAUAUAGAAGAAGUUUGUGGGCCGGGUGAAGCAUGGUGGGGUGUUAGAGGGUACAUGCGGGAUAACUUCAACCACAGUAAUCAGCCAAUCUCCUAUGCCCAACACUUUCAGAACAGCCGUUUUGUGGAAUCAAUUCUUGACGUUUACUGGGAACUCCCUCCCGUGGCCGGACCAUCUCUCACUCAUCAAACAAGAUAUGAUCCUGCCCGUGCACCCAGUCCUCUUGUUGAAGACGGCCGAUAUGGCUUGUUCCAGCGGCUUGGUCUAACCAGGCUAGACACUUCUGUAUUUAACGGGUAUACUCAGAUGGUUUAUCUUCAGAUAUCUAAACAAGAGUUUUAGAGCGGUGUAGAUGAGAAUGCAUUUUUUUGUUUUCCCAUAGCUAUUUAUAUGAGAAUGCAUUUUCCUUCUGGUUCU